AUGCCGCAAACGGUGUCUGAUGGGGGAGAAGACGACCACGGCGCCGACGUUGCUAGCCGGACGUCAUCACACCGCCGCAUGGAGCACGGGCAUGGGUAUAAGGUCGGCGUCCCGCCGAAGAAGAACUUCCUCACCGAGUUCUCUGACGCGGUGAAGGAGACGUUCUUCGCUGACGACCCACUGCGGCAGUACAAAGACCAGCCCAAGUCCAAAAAGAUCUGGCUCGGCCUGCAGCACAUCUUCCCGGUGCUUGACUGGAUCAGACACUACUCCCUCGGCAAGUUCAAGGGUGACUUCAUCGCCGGGCUCACCAUUGCCAGCCUCUGCAUACCCCAGGACAUCGGUUAUUCUAAGCUUGCUAACUUGCCAGCAGAGCUUGGAUUAUACACUAGCUUCGUGCCGCCUCUGAUAUACGCGGUGAUGGGCAGCUCCAGGGAUAUAGCCAUCGGUCCAGUGGCCGUGGUGUCGCUGUUGCUCGGUACUCUCCUUCAGAAUGAGAUUGACCCCAAGACACACCCGCUUGAGUACAGGCGGCUAGCGUUCACUGCGACCUUUUUCGCAGGGGUCACUCAGGCAGCGCUCGGAUUCUUCAGGCUAGGGUUUAUCAUAGAGUUCUUGUCUCAUGCUGCCAUUGUCGGAUUCAUGGCCGGUGCUGCCAUCACCAUUGCUCUUCAGCAGCUGAAAGGAUUCCUUGGAAUUGCAAACUUCACCAAGAAAUCUGAUAUUGUAUCUGUCAUGAAAUCAGUUUGGGGAAAUGUUCACCAUGGGUGGAAUUGGCAGACAAUACUGAUAGGAGCAUCCUUCCUGGCAUUCCUUCUGGUUGCCAAGUACAUUGGAAAAAGGAAUAAAAAGCUCUUCUGGGUGUCUGCAAUCGCACCUCUCACUUCGGUGAUCAUAUCCACAUUUUUUGUGUACAUCACUCGUGCAGAUAAGCAUGGUGUUGCAAUUGUCAAGAACAUAAGGAAAGGCAUCAACCCACCUUCAUCUAGUCUCAUAUACUUCACUGGCCCAUACUUGGCAACAGGAUUCAAAAUUGGGGUAGUAGCUGGAAUGAUAGGCCUAACGGAAGCAAUUGCAAUUGGAAGAACAUUUGCUGCCCUCAAGGAUUACCAGAUAGAUGGGAAUAAAGAAAUGGUGGCUCUAGGAACCAUGAACAUUGUUGGUUCAUUGACUUCUUGCUACAUAGCCACAGGUUCUUUCUCACGGUCAGCAGUUAAUUACAUGGCUGGCUGCAAAACAGCAGUGUCAAAUGUUGUUAUGUCAACCGUCGUAAUGCUUACAUUGCUGUUGAUCACCCCAUUGUUCAAGUACACUCCAAAUGCCAUCCUUUCCUCAAUCAUCAUAUCAGCGGUGCUUGGUUUAAUUGACUAUGAGUCGGCUUACCUUAUCUGGAAAGUUGACAAACUGGACUUUCUAGCAUGCAUGGGAGCAUUCUUUGGAGUCAUAUUUUCAUCAGUGGAGUAUGGCUUGCUCAUUGCGGUUGUGAUAUCUCUUGCAAAAAUUCUUCUCCAAGUAACACGUCCAAGAACAGUUUUACUUGGAAACCUUCCACGAACAACUAUAUACAGGAAUGUAGAACAGUAUCCUGAUGCUACCAAGGUUCCAGGGGUGCUAAUUGUUAGAGUGGACUCAGCUAUAUACUUCACAAACUCCAACUAUGUUAAAGAGAGAAUCCUGAGGUGGCUAAGAGAUGAGGAGGAGCAACAACAGGACCAGAAGUUGCCAAAAACUGAGUUUCUAAUUGUUGAUCUGUCUCCUGUAAUUGAUAUCGACACAAGUGGAAUCCACGCUUUGGAGGAGUUGUUGAAGGCUCUUGAAAAAUGCAAAAUUCAGCUGGUUCUUGCCAAUCCUGGGCCAGCGGUGAUCCAGAAGCUCCGCUCAGCUAAAUUCACAGACAUGAUUGGUGAAGACAAGAUCUUCCUCACGGUCGGCGACGCUGUGAAGAAAUUUGCUCCCAAGGUGGCGGAUAAUGUCUGA